GCCCACCCUAAGCUUUAUUUAAAGCUCUCCACGAUAAGCAUUUUCUGGCUUGUAGGACUAAUAGAGAGGAGCUUUAAUGAUGCACUUUCGUGGUCCAGUGCAAAGAGCCUGGAUUAAACUGUAUUUUAAACUAUUAGCAUAAUACAGUAAGACAAACUCCAGGGAACAGGAGUGUCAAAUGCAAUAUUUGAAGGCAAUACAAACUAUCAAAGUUGGGAUGAAAAAUAACAGCAAAAAAUUGAAAAAGGUAUUAGGUUAUCUCAAUAACCGCUUUUUUAAAAGCUGGUGUUUUGAGGUAUGUUGUCACGAGAACUGCUGCUAAGAAGGCUGACCAGUUUCUCAGCAACAUUUCUACGAAUUACAACUAUGUUUCACGCUUUCUGGUCAUCAAAUAUUUUGCAGAGUUAAACUGCCUCGCCACAUAGACAAUGCAUUUUUUUUUUUUGCAAGACUGUUCACACUGGCAGGCAGGCACACCCCCAUGAAAGGAGACCACAGUUACCAAGUGACAACACAAACACAUAAUCUCUAAAGCUGGCUGAAGAACAGCACAGACCUGUGAGUAUUCUUAUAUGACAAAUAAAAAAAUAGCAACAUUUGUUUAACGUCUUUAUCCAAAAUGUUCAAAAUGUCUCGUGAUGCUCCCAGUGAGAGAUAGAAUAUAUAAUAUGCUUAUUUUAACAAAAAGAAUGAUAAGGAGGAUAUUUGAGUGGAAAUUAUCACACUAAUAUAUUUAAUACAUAUCUCUUUGUAGACAAUAAGGAUGUCUCAUCAUCAGUCUGACACACAGAGUCACACAAGGCCAGAUGUCUUGGAAGGUCGUUUGAGGAGUCAGGAUAGGCCGCUAGCUGUGCUGCUAGAACAAGCUCUCAGAAUCAAAGAGGAGGUGACAGCUGGUCUGCAGUCCAGCCAUGGCUCUGUCCAAAUUGAGGCACUGUCCCGUAAGCUGUUGGAGAAUCACAUACUCACCAUUACACGUAUUGUUAAACAACUCAGCAUGGGCAUACAGGAAUUAGAGAAAGAGAUGGCCCAGCGGGACUCUGUCACCUCUGGAGUGGCACACGCUGUUCAAAACAUGGACCAGAAAAACACAGCUGGCGUCGGAGACCUGAGAGGAAGAGUAGCCAGGUGUGAUUCCAGCAUUGCCAAGCUGAGCGCUGACGUGAGCUUCAGAGAGCAGCAGGUGAUCAGACUGCAGAGGGAGGUUCGAGAGCUCAGCGAAGCUGUGAAUGGACAGCUCAAAGAGCUGGAGGACAAGAUUCAUGUUGAGCUUAGAAGACUGGAGGCCUCACUGACAAAGUCUUCUAAGGACCUAAAAAACUCGAUGUCUGAUCUGCGUAGACAAGUUAAGCUAUUAGAAGACAAAAUGACAGGAGAGCUUGACGAGGGCAAGGAGCAAACAGCAAAAUUGAGGACCUGGACAGAACAACAGCUCAAGAGCUCUCUCCAGUCACAUGCCGAGGACAACCAGGAGCUGGUUUCACUAUUACAAGACAAAAUGUUAGGGGCGGAGUCUAGAUUGGCUGACCGCCUGCUUGCCCUGGAGGCACGUGUGGAGAAGUUUGACAUCCAGCAGAACCAGGCUGACCGCAGUCGGCAUGAUCAGCUGAAACGCUCAGAAGACAAACUUAGCAGAAGAAUAACCUUAGUGGAGAACAACCUUCAUCAGGAGCUGCAGCUGCUCAAACAGCAGUACCACAAAGGGUUCCAGUCUGUGCAUGAUGCAAUUGAAUCACUGAGUCAGAUAUGUGACAUCAAAUCUCGCCUUGACAAGGAGAAGCUUGAGAAGGAUAUCAGCCACAUCCGCAGCAAGGUGCUCAAGUACUAGUGACAUACGCUGAAGAGGAACUUGUUUUUUCUUGUCACACCUAUCCUGAAGCAGAAGCUUGGAUCAAAGGCUUGGAAGUAAAACCCUCUGGGUGUUACUACAUUCAUCUUUAAAAAUAAAAAAACAAUGCUGUUUUAACUGUAUUUAAUCUACCUGCUCUUUAAAAACCAGGUAAAGGAUCCAGUAAGUACUGUAUAUUAGCAAAUCACAAAGAGCUGCUAUUCACAGUAAGAUACCUACCUUUUCACAACUCACUACAUUUUUAACUUUGCAAUGUUUUGACUG